UUUCUCAAACACUCUUACAAAGAGAUCAAAUCAAUGGGGAGAGCACCUUGUUGUGAUAAAAAUGGACUCAAGAAGGGUCCAUGGACUCCAGAGGAAGAUCUUAAGCUUGUCAAUUAUAUUCAGAUUCAUGGUCCUGGUAACUGGCGCACCCUCCCAAAGAACGCCGGGCUUGAAAGAUGUGGAAAGAGUUGCCGUCUUAGAUGGACUAAUUACCUGAGGCCAGAUAUCAAAAGAGGAAGGUUUUCGUUCGAAGAAGAAGAGACUAUAAUCCAAUUACACAGUAUUUUGGGAAACAAGUGGUCGGCCAUAGCAGCUCGCUUACCAGGAAGAACCGACAACGAAAUCAAGAAUUAUUGGAACACCCACAUAAGAAAAAGGCUUCUGAGGAACGGAAUUGAUCCAGUGACUCAUGCUCCACGCCUUGAUUUCCUAGACUUAUCUGCCCUUCUUAGCCAAACUUUCUGCAAUUCAUCACUUCUCAAUUUGUCAAGCUUGUUGGGUACUCAAGCAGCUCUCCUCAAUCCAGAACUGUUAAGGCUAGUUAACACUCUCCUUACACUAAAACAAGAAAACCCAGAAAUGCUUUUGCAGUAUUUGCAGGAAAACCAACUUUGCAGCUUUCAAUUGCAAAACCAAUUAGCCCCAUUACAACAAACCGGUCAGCUGCAAAACCCUAACGGAGAUCCAUCUUCUUCUGCUGGUCCAUUUUUUAACCAAACAUUACCACCCAUGCAAGAAAAUGCUGAACCUGGGCUACCUAUAAAUAUGACAAGUAGUUUGGGUGAGCAGGAUGUUUCUAUUCAAGGCGGCUAUAUGCAAUAUUGCAGCUCAAAUCCUACAAUUCCCCAAGUGGGAGAGAAUUUGAAUGUUCAAGCAUUGAAUAAUGGGAACCAGAAUUUUGGUAUUAAUUCGGUCAUGUCGACACCAUUGUCAAGCCCAGCUCCAAUGAAUUCAUCGUCUACAUUCAUCAAUGGGAGCAGUAGUACUGAGGAUGAGAGAGAAAGCUAUAGUAGUUUGUUCAAGUUUGAAAUUCCAGAGAGUUUGGAUUUUGACGAGUUCAUGUAAAUAGUGAGUGUGUAUGAAUUAUAUAUCAUCACAAACACUAGCUUAAUUAUUUUGGUUUGAUAUGUAGUUGAUGUUUGUAAAUGAAAGCACUUGUUUUC